AUGCAGCUACAGUGGGUUUCCGGUACUGAACGUCCGACUCUUUGAACUUCAGGAUGGUCCCAGAGUCCCCACAGCACCUUCAGUUUUGAGACACAUCAGUCCCAUCAGCCCAGCUGCCAUUUUUAGACGCUCGCAGCAGGAGAUCAAAUCAGCCCAGAAGAUGGCUAAGACCUACUCCGCCAUCCCUCAGAUGUGGUCCAAGUGUCUUCUCCGGCACUGCAGCGGCCUGUGGUUCAUCUCCUUGCCUGCAUACGUCAGCGCUUGCCACUCCAAAGUGCGGGUGCUGCAUACUGCCUAUGAUGUGCUGAGGAACAUGCAGGACAAAAAGUUGCAGCCCCCUGAUGAGGUCUGUUACCGGGUUCUGAUGCAGCUGUGUGGGCAGUACGGACAGCCUGUUCUUGCCGUUCGGGUUCUGUUUGAGAUGAAGAAAGCUGGUGUGCAGCCCAAUGCAAUAACAUACGGAUAUUAUAACAGG